AUGGCCCCUCCGGAGCAGGACGCGUUGGCCCUGCGGGAGCAGCUCUUCCACGAGAGGGUCCGCGAAUGCAUCAUCUGUGCCCUGCUCUUCGCCAGCCUCUACAUCCUCUGCCACUUCAUCAUAACCCACUUCAAGAAGCACACGGACUUCACAGCAGUGCACGAUGACGAGGAUGCUGCUGUCAACAGGAUUGCGCUGGGGCUCUGCACCUUCACCCUGGCCGUGGCGCUGGGCGCCGUCCUCCUCCUGCCCUUCUCCAUCAUCAGCAACGAGGUGCUGCUCUCCUUCCCCCACAACUACUACAUCCAGUGGCUCAACGGCUCCCUUGUCCACGGCCUCUGGAACUUGGUCUUCCUCUUCUCCAAUCUGUCCCUCGUCUUCCUCAUGCCCUUUGCCUACUUCUUCACCGAGUCAGAGGGGUUUGCAGGAUCCAAGAAGGGCAUCAUGGCCAGGGUGUACGAGACGUCGGUGGUGCUGCUGCUGCUGACGCUGCUGGUGCUGGGCAUGGUCUGGGUGGCCUCUGCCAUCGUGGGCAACGACGCUGCCACUCGCCAGUCGCUCUAUGACCUCUGGGAAUAUUACCUGCCCUACCUCUACUCCUGCAUCUCCCUCUUUGGUGUGCUACUUCUGCUCUUGUGCACCCCCUUCGGCCUCUCCACCAUGUUCACCGUCACGGGGAAGCUGCUGGUGAAACCCCGGCUCCUGGAAGACCUGGACGAGCAGUUGAGCUGCACGAGGUUUGAGGAGGCCGCUGUGUCCCGCAGGAUCCGCUCUGGCAAAGCUUCCUGCUGGCUGAACCUGGACGUGGAGCUGCUGCGGGAGCAGUUCUUCGCCAUCCGGAGCAAGAGGCGCAAGUUGGAGCUGCGGCACCGAGCAUCGCCCUGGCAGAGGAACCUGGGCUACCCCCUGGCCAUGCUGGGCCUCCUGGCGCUGACGGGCAUUUCUGUGCUCAUCGUCUGCUUCCACGUCCUGGAGCUGCUGCUGGACGAUGCCGCGAUGCCACGGGGCAUCCAGGAUGCGUCCCUGGGCCAGGUCUCCUUCUCCAUCUUUGGUUCCUUCGGAGCUGCCCUGCAGGUCGUCCUCAUCUUCUACCUGAUGGUCUCGUCUGUCGUGGGCUUCUACAGCUCCCCCCUCUUCACCCGGCUGCUCCCAGAGCGGAGGGACACCCCCCUCACCAAGAUCAUCGGGAACUGCGUGUCCCUGCUGGUGCUCAGCUCGGCACUGCCCGUGUUCUCCAGGACCCUGGGGAUCACCCGUUUUGACCUCCUGGGGGAUUUUGGCCGCUUCAACUGGCUGGGGAACUUCUACAUCGUCUUCCUCUACAACAUGGGCUUCGCGGGGCUCACCACGCUGUGCCUGGUGAAAAGGGUCUCCUGGGCCGUCCAGGCCGAGCUCAUCCGCGCCUUCGGUCUGCACAAGCUGCCGCUGCCCGUGACGUGUCGCCGGCCCCUUGUCAAGUCCUGCUAAGGCUGG